CUCCUCACAGAGCUGCUCUGUGCCUUGGUCCCUGCAGGACUUGCUCCCACAGCCACCGGGGAGCCACUGUUCCCACAGUUAAUGCCUACUACCACCCAGCUUCUCAGGGCAGGCGGCUGUUGCCAUCAGCUGUCCCCAGGGGCAGGGCCUUCGCAACUUUUGUACUUUGAUCAAGAUGUGGUAACCUCUUUCCCUGGGCUCCAUAAGCCCUAGAAAGGGAGGCUGGUUCUAGCAGGACCAGCUCAACCACCUCCUCAGUGUCCGGAGCCUGCUGGAAAGAGAUUAUCCUCUCACUUCUGGAGAAGAUGCAGACCCAGGAGAUCCUGAGGAUCCUGCGACUGCCCGAGCUAGGGGACUUGGGCCAGUUUUUCCGCAGCCUCUCAGCCACCACCCUCGUGAGCAUGGGUGCUCUGGCUGCCAUCCUCGCCUACUGGCUCACUCACCGGCCGAAGGCUUUGCAGCCGCCAUGCAACCUCCUGAUGCAGUCAGAAGAAGUGGAGGACAGCGGUGGAGCUCGGCGAUCUGUGAUUGGGGGCAGCACUCAGUUGCUUACCCACUACUACGAUGAUGCCCGGACAAUGUACCAGGUGUUCCGCCGUGGGCUUAGCAUCUCAGGGAAUGGGCCCUGUCUUGGCUUCCGGAAGCCACAUCAGCCUUACCAGUGGCUUUCCUACCAAGAGGUGGCCAACAGGGCUGAAUUUCUGGGGUCAGGACUCCUCCAGCAUGAAUGUAAAGUGGGCACAGAGCAGUUCAUUGGUGUUUUUGCACAGAAUCGGCCAGAGUGGAUCAUUGCAGAGCUGGCCUGCUACACGUAUUCCAUGGUGGUGGUCCCGCUCUAUGACACCCUGGGCCCAGGGGCUAUUCGCUACAUCAUCAAUACAGCGGACAUCUGCACGGUGAUCGUGGAUAAACCUCAGAAGGCCAUACUUCUGCUGGAGCACGUGGAGAGGAAGGAGACUCCGGGGCUCAAGCUGAUCAUCCUCAUGGAGCCAUUUGAUGAUGCCCUGAAAGAGAGAGGACAGAAGUGUGGGGUGAACAUCAAGUCUAUACAGGCCGUAGAGGACUGUGGCCAAGAGAAUCACAAGGCCCCCGUGCCCCCACGGCCUGAUGACCUCUCUAUCGUGUGUUUCACGAGUGGUACAACAGGGAACCCCAAAGGUGCGAUGCUCACCCAUGGGAACGUGGUGGCUGAUUUCUCGGGCUUUCUGAAAGUGACAGAGAGUCAGUGGGCCCCCACUCGUGCGGAUGUGCACUUUUCCUAUUUGCCUUUAGCCCACAUGUUUGAGCGAAUGGUGCAGUCUGUUGUCUACUGCCAUGGAGGCCGCGUGGGCUUUUUCCAGGGAGACAUCCGCCUCCUCUCAGAGGACAUGAAGGCUCUCCACCCCACCAUCUUUCCUGUGGUCCCACGGCUGCUGAAUCGGAUGUAUGACAAGAUCUUCCACCAGGCAGACACUUCACUAAAGCGGUGGCUCCUGGAGUUCGCAGCGAAGAGAAAGCAGGCCGAGGUCCGGAGUGGAAUCAUCAGGAACAACAGCAUCUGGGAUGAACUCUUCUUCAGUAAGAUCCAGGCCAGUCUUGGUGGGCACGUGAGGAUGAUUGUUACUGGAGCAGCCCCCGCAUCGCCAACAGUCCUGGGGUUCCUACGAGCAGCUCUGGGGUGCCAGGUCUAUGAAGGUUAUGGGCAAACUGAAUGCACAGCUGGAUGUACCUUCACAACGCCAGGAGACUGGACCUCAGGGCACGUAGGGGCACCUCUGCCUUGCAAUCACAUCAAGCUGGUUGAUGCAGAGGAACUCAACUACUGGACCAGCAAAGGAGAGGGAGAGAUAUGUGUGAAAGGCCCAAAUGUGUUCAAAGGCUACUUAAAAGAUGAGGACAGGACAAAGGAGGCCCUGGACAGCGACGGCUGGCUUCACACUGGGGACAUCGGGAAAUGGCUGCCGGAGGGAACGCUUAAAAUCAUCGAUCGAAAAAAGCACAUAUUUAAACUUGCUCAGGGGGAGUACGUUGCACCAGAGAAGAUUGAGAACAUCUACAUCCGGAGUGAGCCUGUGGCACAAAUCUAUGUCCAUGGGGACAGCUUAAAGGCCUUUUUGGUUGGCAUUGUCGUGCCUGACCCUGAAGUCAUGCCUGCCUGGGCUCAUAAGAAAGGAAUCAGAGGGACCUAUCAGGAGCUUUGCGCAAAUCAGGAGCUGAAGAAAGCCAUUCUGGACGACAUGGUGGCGCUGGGGAAGAAAAGUGGACUCCAUUCCUUUGAACAGGUUAAAGCCAUUUACAUCCAUUGUGACAUGUUCUCAGUUCAAAACGGUUUGCUGACACCAACACUAAAGGCUAAGAGACCCGAGCUGAGAGAGUACUUCAAAAAACAAAUAGAAGAGCUUUACUCGGUCUCCAUGUGAAGCCCCAGGGGGGCUCUUCUCAGUCCAGUGAACUUUGCAGCAAUAGUAUGGUCAUUCUUGAAAGAGAGGAAUCGGAGUGACAGAGCCGAUAAGGAACGAGCAUCCGAUCUUGCGACUGAGCCUUUCCUGACCCGUGAAGUCUCUAACAAUAUUUUCUCUACCAUCACCAAGUAUACUUUAUUUUUAUUAAAUGAUAUUGUAGCAAGCUGCUAAAAAAUAUCGCAAAUGGCAAUGUAAAAACAAAUCAAGACACUUUCUCAAGAACUGUGUACCACUAAAAGUAAUAUAUUCGCAAUGUUCACAGAAUUCCAUUAAACAUAAAGGAAAAAAACGUAACUGAUAUAUUGUACUUAAUUAUUUGUGGAAUAAUAACCAGAUACAGCGAAUGUCUAGGCAAUGUGGACUACCUCAUUAAAUAACCAUCAAAGGUCGCAGUGAGGCCAGACUCAAAACUUAAAGCAAGAUGUGGGAAGUCACGCCCAAACAAAACAUGGUAGUUUGCAUGUGACCUGACUCCCAUCCUUUAACAUGACCAUCCUUGUUGAUGCAAAAGCCUUCUGUCUGAUUUUUACUUUUAUAUGGAAAAUGGAAAUGUAGAUGUUCUUUUUAAAAGUAUUAUAUUUAUUUAAUAACUCCCAAAGUUCUUUCAGUACAUUUUCUCAUUGAUUAAACUCACUGAAAUAUUCAGAAUCUACGUACAAAACUACAUAUAGGGUGUGUGUCUUUACGGAAUUCUUACCAUAACAAAGCUUAAAGGAUAGCUUCUGACUGCAGCAAAUGGAGCCGUGGCAAACACUCAGGGGAAGGAAGACGCUCAGUGAUUUCUCGGGGUGGGUGACAGUCCGUGUACUUGUGUUCCUGCUAGAAUCUUUACCCUUUCCAUUUUCAGUACGUCUGUGCCAAGUCUGGGAAACACAGUAUGGCUGAAAUUCUGAACAACUUUGCUUUCCUUAUUAUAACUAUUAAGGCAAAUGUGAGGAGGAAUAGAUGCUAUUUCCAAAUAACUCUUCAAUGACACGAUAUGGAAGCACUUCUUCAAAAUUUUCCUAGAAAACUAUUUAAAUCCAACAUAGAGCAAGAUCUGCUAAUGGUGUAAUUCCAUUCUUAGAAUCUCUAGAUGCUCCUAAGUUUGACCAUUAAACCUUAAUUGUACCACAUAUUUAGAUGCAUCCUGAAUCUGGGUGCCAUGAUUCUAAUGUCACUAAAAGCCUCGAUACCAUGGACAGCGCAAUUCAGGCCGGCAUUAUACAUUCUGUGCCUGAGGAGAGCAAGGUCCCUAGGGAAGUCUUUCUUUUCUGUUGGAACAGGACUCUGAAAGUAUAUGGAGAAUUCAUGCAGUUCACAUGACCUUUACAAAUACAUAUGUGAUCAGUGUGGCAGGACAAGAACUCCUUAGACCUGGAGGAAUUCCAACUUGGUUUGUAGGUGAAUGUUGUCAGUCAGAACCUGCAUCAUCAUGCAGGCCUGUUGGAUGGUCCCAACCUGUUUGUAGGUGAAUGUUAUCAGUUAGAACCUGCAUCACCAUGCAGGCCUGUUGGAUGAUCUACAUCAUUGAUCAUACAUGUGUUUCAAUCAUGCUGAGUCUUGACCUCAGCUUCAAUUGAUGUAGUUAUUCGGGUACAUUUUUUUUUUGAUUCAGGUACAUUCCUUGGGCAUAAUCUCUCUGAAGACUCAUUGUUGCACUUAUAAAUUUGAUUUUGAAUAAAUGAGCAAAUUCUGUUCACAUUAAUUUGUUUCACAGGGUGGAAGAUCAAAACCAGGGCCUCGCACAUGCUAGGCAAGUGCUGUCCCACUGAGCUCCACUCCCAGUGUGCAUUAAAUUUGGAAGACAUUUCUGACUAGACAAAUAACACAUCCAAAGCCACAUGUGGGAAGCACUGGCUUUUUAGAUACUUAAUACAUAUUUGAUAAUUAAAGUUGAAGGUCAUUACCUGAAUUAGAUACUCAUAUUAUUUUAAGGGCAAGCAGUUCUGCACUUCAAAUAAAAGAAGCUGUUUUCCAUUGUCCUACUUGACUAAAAUCUCAUAACUGACUUUGAUUCCAACAGAAUUUUUGAACAGUGCAAUUUAAGCAAAUGAUUUAUCCAUAUUCUAUUUAUUCUUCAUUGUUGUUAGAUGUGAUUAAAUAUGGACAACCUUUGUUUGUUGCUUGUCUCUCAAAAGAUUUUGCAUUUCUGUUGAACUUCCCCAAUCUGGGUGGGAACUAUCACACUCCAUGGGAGGGUGCAGAUGUGCUUAGAAAGCCAACGGCGGGCCCUGAAUGCAUUGUAUGCUCUCUUGCUCCUCUGUGAAACACUACUUACGUUUGUAACAAGAAAGAAAUGAAACAGCAUGUCAUCAGUGGAAAAAUCCUUCUUGCUUCAUAUUUCCCAACCUUAUCUCAGGUGAUGAAAAAUAAGUUUGUGUUUCUCUUUGACCAAUAUAGGAUAAAAGCUAAGUGCUUAAGAACUUGUCAUAAUCCCAAUGGGCACCACAUACUGUUUCAAGUCUGGAGGUCGCAGAGACUAGAUUCCUUAAUCAUAAAUAUGUUCUUAAAUGUUUGGCAUUUGUAUCUAUUUGCCAUUCAAAUGUGUUCUUAAUUCUCACUUUUUUUUUUAACAAAUCAACCCAAUUUGGGCAAACACUACAAAACAAAUAUAUGCAUUGCCCCCAUUAGCCACAAAAGAUGUCUUUAUACAUAGUAUUGAGACAUCCCCUCCAGAUGGUAGAGAAGACUGGUAGGGUGUGGUAUGCAGGCCUAGCUCCAUGUAUUAGGAUCUCAAACUCAGAGGUUCAAGGAGUAGCCAUACCCUGUCUUCCUCACAAGCCUGAGGAGGGGGACCCUAAAAGUCUCCAUUGAGAGUUUUACAGCCAGGUAAUGUUUUAGCAAUUUGAAAUCAGCACUUAAAAUUUGAUUGUAUUGUCCAUGAGAGAACCAGUGGUUAUUAAUUAUUCUGCCAUAAUAAAUGAAUUGUUCUGUAUGUUUCACAUGUAUUAAGCACAAGUGUGAUGCAGUUAUUUUAAACGCAAAAUACUAGAAAAUGAAUGUAAAGAAUGGAAAAUUAUAUUUUUUUUGCAUGAAGAUAAACUACUUACAAAAUUGCUUAAUAUCUCAGGACAAAAGAAUGAAUAAUCAUAUGUAAAACUGAUAAAUCAUAAGUUGGCUGUAUUUUCUUGACAGUUUUAAUUUUAAGAAAACACUACAAUGAUAAAAUGGAUCCUGACAGUCUUAAGCUCUCUCUUAAGUAUGCUGCCUAAUUCUGCCUGUGAAUCUACAAAUAAUCCUGUGAGAAUGAGUGCAGCAUCCAUGAGGACCAGUCCCCCGAAUGAGAAUCUCUUCACUGAGAACACAUUAAUAGUUGUACUACAGAGGUGCUGUACAUUUGAAAAUGUAAGCAAGCAUUUCUAAAUCUAGUCCCAAACACAAAGGGUUUUCAGGAGGUAAUAAUGCCAGUUAAGCAUUCAUCUGACCGCUCAGUUUACUUUUCCUUGUUAAAUCAUCGCAAUGAUUGCAUGGGGAGGGGGAAAUGGCUAUUUUUGGAGAAUUGCAUAUUCUACUUUCAAUUUUUGAAAAUCAAGGAAUUAAAAUAUUACUUUUUAAAUAUGCAUAGAUGUACCUUAACUGUAAUUAUAUUUUAGUUUGCUUUGUUAUAACAGCAUGAACAUCAAAUACAAAAUGCACUUAUGAAAACUUUUGUAAAAAAUAAAGUUUUUUUUUAUUUCUCAAAA